GGCAACUUCAGGUCUGCUCCGGCAGCUCAAUUCAGCGCAUUCACAUCAUACUCCUUCUAACAUUCAUUGAUCAACACUGUUAUCACUUCUAAAACAACACCACCCUCACUACACAUCGUCAUCAUGUCUUUCCUCUUCGGCGGCGCCCCCAAGCUUUCCUCGGAACAGAAGAUUGCUGCGGCUGAGACGGAAGUUGAGAUGGUCACCGACAUGUUCAGCCGUCUCACCGAGUCCUGCAUCAAGAAGUGCAUUCCCAACGACUACCGCGAAGGCGACCUCAACAAGGGCGAGUCCGUCUGCAUUGACCGCUGUGUCGGCAAGUUCUUCGAAGUCAACAUGAAGGUCAGCGAGAAGAUGCAGGGUGAGGCGAACCAGAAGGGCGGCAUGGGUGGUUUCGGCAUGUAAAGUGCGAGGUCAACGAAACGAUUGUUCAUCUAAUUGGAUCUUUUACUGUUCUUUCAUAAAACGUGUAUAAUCUAUUCGGGUUUCAGAUCUGUCAUGCUUGCUCUUCUGGAUUGCUUGUUUUCCUUUGGUCUCUCUUAUGGCAUGACUGAACAGGAGCGGAAGGCAGCCUGGAUUUUAUGCUAAUUGGGA